AUGGCCCUGGAAUCCGUCUUCUAUUCAUCCCACGUGUAGUCUCCGAAUAUGGCCGAAUUCUUUGGAGUCGCCGCUGGUGUGGCAGGUUUUGUGUCCCUCUCAGUACAAAUCAGUGAGGGCGUUAGUAAACUGCGAACUAUCCGCGACAGUGCUGGCAAGGCUGCCACCGACAUCAGCACCCUCAUCCGAGAACUGGAUCUCUUGACACAUGUUAUUCAGGAUGUAAUUGCGAAUGUUUCUAAUCGCAAUGAUUCUGUGAUUCAACAUUGUCAAGCGGAUUGCGAUCAAGUUGUUCGAGAUUUGAAGUCUUUGAUCAUGAAAAUACCGCCAACAUCAAAAAGCACCAUAAAGGCCAACGCGCUCAUAUUCCUUGCUUUCCGAGAUUGGAAGGAAAAUGUGAUGGCUUUGCAGCGAAGUAUCCAAGGGGCGAAAAUCAAUUUGAUUCUGAUCGCGACGUACAGAAACUCGAACCAGCUGAAAGAGUUAACCUUAGUCAGUCAACUUCACACCCUGCCGCCGACAGAAGAUCCUCCUGAAGAGUCAGCCUCAGAGCUGGCUCCGGCUUCUGCUUCGGACUUAUCCCAAUCUCCAACCGCCUCCGUUGGCGCAGUGCCAAGAAAAGAAAGAUUGAGAGCCAAACCUAAGCAAAAUUGUCUUUUGAGACCAUGCUCUUGUGUUUGCCAUCGCACGAACAGGACAACACAUCGGUUCUGGGCUCUAGAGUAUACUACUUGGGGCGCUUUGCAGCAGAGCUGCGACCUGGAGACCUGCAACACCACAAAAUACGGAGCUUCAGUGAGGCUUGCGUUCUCGCAGCUUGGCAUUAGAUGGGCAGCAGUGCUUGAGGUCUAUACUAUCACAUCCGCAGGCAGGUUCUCAUUUCGUCCGAAUCUCCAAAUGGAGCAAAUAGUGCCGUACACGUCUCCCGGUUUCGAGAUUAUAUGGAGGUGCCAGACGUACAGCAUUGGAUUCGAAGAGGCUAGCGAAAGCCUGAGACAGCUCUACAGAGCAGACCCGCAAGGUUUCAGCCGCCACGUGAAUCCAGGUGGGAAGUCCUAUAUCGAGGAGAUUUUGAGGUACCCGUGGGCAAGGGGAAAGGAUCAGACUCAAUGGGAACUACUGAUACUCUUCAUGCAAGAGUUCGAAAUGACCAAAGGGACUGACAGUGUGGCGUUUCUUGUGCAAUGCGCGAAGUGGAUUGGCGAAGGCCCCCACUUGUACCUGUUGGAAUUCCUCCUCGAUUUGGGUUACGAUGUCUCCGGAGUCGUUGGGGAUUUUCAAGACUGGCCGGCGCUGUCAUCGCCAAACUGGAUCUCAGAAGCAAUUACCCCGGACCCUUUCUUCAUCGAAUACUUCAAGAUAGUGUGCAUACAUAACCAAGGAUUCGCUGGAAUGACACCUCUCCACGAAGCUAUACUACUCGAGUCGACACAAACAGUAGACAGGUGGAUAUUUAAGUCUAAGAAAGACGAAAAGAACAGCCUCGGGCAGACACCCCUUCACCUGGCUGUUUCAGAUCCUCAACGAUUAAAAGCACUCAUUGACUCGGGACAUGAUGUUAACAUGACUGACAUCCAUGGCAUCACACCCCUGAUGUACGCUGCUGCCGUAAACCAGGAUGAAUCCGUCACCCUUUUGAUUGAAGCUGGGGCCUGCAUCAACGCAGGUGAUAAGAAGUACGGGCGCACUUUUCUUCACUACGCCGCUGUGCGUGGACAUUGGAAGUUGAUCUUCAGAUUCCUAGUUCGGCUAGAAGACUUUGCCGAUAAUUGGAUUGUGGAGGGCUGGGCCGAAAGCGCUGUCCUGUUGUAUCACGUCGAAUAUCCCAACCUUGGCAAUCUUGAAAUGCGCGAGGUUUCUCUCGGGCAGCUCUUGAUGAAGUGUCGUGCACCCAACUUGACCUUUGAUGAUGCGACUUCUGGCAUUAAAGACAAUUGUCUGCUACAUUACAAUACUGGGAUCACUGACUUCGAGGCUUUGAUGGAGCAAGGAUUCAGGCUAUUCAACCAUAUGAAUAGCAAAGGCCAAACCCCUCUGAUGGUAGCCGCCAAAUUGGGCGAACCUGAUCUGGUUAGAAAGCUUAUUGAAGUCGGAGCUGACGUCAAUCUCAAAGACUUCCAUCAUAGAACAGCCCUACACUUCGCUCUUGACACACUGGAGAAGAGCCGAGGCCACGGCUUCUGGAUUGCUAUGGAGACUUUACGGAUACUGCUGGCUGGAGGCGCGAAUGUCUUCACUGGAGAUGGCUGCAGAUGCCCCUGUUCAUCCUUUGGCCGCCUCUCGGUUGUUGACUUGCUGAAUUCCAGACAUGGGUGGCAAGAGACAUGGGGGAAGCCUCCAAUCGCGGCGAUGGAGCUUUUGUGCCUCACAGUGGAAUAUAGAGGAGCGCAAGAAGGAAAAGACUUGCUGCUCUCUUUCAUUCGGUGGGAGAAGCAUGAGGAGCUCGGAAUGUCCCAUCUUUGCUUCCAGCGUCAUCCAGCGGAUUGUUUCUAUGGCUUUGCUGCUUCAUCUCGUCCACUCUGCCUGCAGGAUGAAGAAGUCGACGACAUACUCGACGAGGAGUCAGAGUUUCUGGCCAUUUUGGAAACUGAGAUGGAAGAAUCAAGUGCCAAGGACUUUGAGCACCUACUUAAGGACUGGCUCAAUCAGAUGAAGAGCAGACUUGAUAAAGUGGUUGAGGAGAAACGCAAAUCAGAUGCGAAAUGUGUGAAAAGGCAGGCGGAAGUCAAGCAUGGCUACCAGGUGGAUUACAAACGCGAUUGCUUCUACCACAACUUUGUCGUAGACGUAGGCUGGCCAGAUCCUACAAGAACAAUCAGAUCGUCUCUGGCUAUGUACAUCGCUUGGAUCGAGCAUGAAUACGAUCAUGGGGCUACUGCACGCUUGGCUGGAAAAUUCCACAAGGAUUGGUACUCUAAUAGGACCUCAAUGGUUCAUAAGUUUAUCGAAGUCUUCGGCAUACCGACAGCAGAGAUUGCACACGCGUUGAAGCGCUCGGACGUAAUUAUCGAGGAAGAAAGGUAUGAGCAUGUCAAUAUUGAGCUAAUCAUAGAACGCUUUCUUCGGCCUGCUUCAAAGUCAUAA